AUCACGUGCUCUUUGUUUUGAACAUCAGCCAGUCGUCAGUCAUUUGAAGUGUCUUGUGUAUGUCUGCUUAUUAAGCCUAACUAAUGGACGUUGUCAAAAGAAAACCUUACUUCAAAAUCAUGUUUUUCAUACUAAUUGUAUUGAACCUUUAUGUAGAAGUAAACACGCUUUCGUAUUCAAGUACACAGGUAAAACCUAUGGUCACAUUAGAAGAGAAAAUAUGGAUAGCAGGAGACGGUGAUGUUUCCCAUUAUCGCAUUCCUUUAUUAACUUAUACUCCACAAAAGAAUUUACUUGCCAUGGCUGAAGCUAGGAAAUACGACACAUCAGAUGCUGGAUCAAAGUUCUUAGCAAUCCGAAGAUCAAAUGAUAAAGGUUAUAGUUGGAAACCACAGCAAUUUAUUGAAAAUGAUGGAUCAAUUUUUGAUGGGAUUAGUCUGGGCUCAGUGGUUGUUGAUGAUGAACUUGGCAACAUUUUUAUUGUGUUCAGUCGAUGUAAUCAUUAUGAGAAGUGCAAUAUAUCAUCACUGUAUUAUGUCAAGAGUGAGGAUGAUGGCUAUACAUGGAAUAAACCAGUAAACAUGUCAGUUCAAAUUGGCACCAAAGCAUUUGCAGCAGGUCCAGGCUAUGGUAUUCAAUUAAAGAACAGCAAGUACAAAGGUCGACUGUUGGUUUGUGGUCAUGGUACUCUAGAAGGUGAUGGUAUGUUUUGUUUGAUUAGUGAUGACCAUGGUAACAAAUGGCGGUAUGGUGGUAUGCUAAAAAGUAUACCGUAUAACAAACCAAAGGUGUCUGGUGAUUUCAUUCCAGAUGAGUGCCAGCCUUUGGAAAUGCCAGAUGGAACAGUGAUAGUAAACAUCAGGAAUCAGGGCAAAUACCAUUGUCACUGCCGGAUCAUUGCCAAAAGCGCUGAUGGUGGCGACACAUUUCUUCUCGAUGAUGUAUAUUUUGACGAGAACCUAAUCGAUCCAACUGUAGCAGCAGGAGCCCUCAUCCAAAAUGGUGUUAUGUUUUUCUCAAAUCCCAUGUCCACUACACACAGAGUGAAUAUGACGUUACAUUGGAGCCAUGACUUUGGUAAAACUUGGAACUACACCCUGAAUAUUUGGCCAAACCCAUCAGGUUACAGUACAAUGACAGCAAUACCUGGCUUGGAGGACAGUGUCUAUAUACUCUAUGAGAAGGGCAUAGUUGCUACCUAUGAAUCUCUUUCAUUUGUUAAAAUCUCAUUAUAUCCCUAACCUACACAUCUGUUAUAAAAAUAUAUUUAAUCCUGGGCAUGAUCACAUUUUAUUCCACUGCUUGCAUUGAAUUUUUUGGGCCUGUGUAAUCAUAAUAUACUGCACAUUUUGGGGGACUGAUAUGAUAUAAAUUAUUAUAAGUAAAAACAGUUGUUAAAUUCUUAUUAAUCAUAAUAAUACAUGGCAUUUAUUAGGUGCCUUUACAAAACAUCAAAUUAUACCACCGGUAUAUACAGUAUGUACAUAUUCUUGUUAUGUAUCUAUUUUAAGCAGCUGGUCACCAUUCCAUCAAUAAAAUUAUUUUAUGCAGAAACCAUUUUUUCUUGUUUUCUUGUAAAUACAAUAUAAAUAAUCGAAAAUAUAGAGCCUUCGGUCCUAAUCCAAAUUAAUUAUUUUAUUUUUAAUAAAGGAUCAUAUCUAUGAUGAUAAAUUUAAUUUGUACUUAAUACUUUAUAUACUUUGCAUUUAUGCACUUGAAAGCUAAGAACUUCUUGCAGAAUAUCCUUGACAAUAGUAGUGUAUAGGCAUAA